AGCCACUCACUCUCAAGUCCUCAGCAAGUCCUCAUGGAUGGUGGGCUGGGCACUGGCAGCCAAACUGCCAAACGGGACCGACGCGGGCUGUCGCCGCGCCCUGCAAGGCUGCCUGCACUGCUCACCAAGCUUUCAGAGAUCGCCCAGCCACCUCCAGAAUGGGACAAGCCGGAUGCGGAUACAAGCUGGUGUGGUUUGCCUUACAUCCGGCCAGCGCACGAGAUCAGCCAAGCAGAGCUCAUAGCGCGUGAGCAAUUCUCAUCCGCAGCCAGACGGAUCCUGCAGGAUUUGCAGGGUGGCAGUGCGGGGCAGAAAAGGCGCUUGAGUACGCCGGCCCUCAGCGUAGCUGCCAUCACAGCGCUUUUGUCCUGCGAAGUCAACCUGGAACGCCGUCGGGCCACCAUUGCAACCACCCUCCCACAUUGUGUUGACACCGAUCAAGCAGAGGACGAGGAACCUGUUCACAGACGUGAGAAGACUUGGGCCUGCACAAGUGAAGUGGAGGAGGAGAAAGCAGCAAUCGUAGUCCAGCCAGUGCGAGACAAGUCCUGGGUCAAGCAAGGGUCAAACAAGUCGGUUAUCUCCGCUGCAAGCUCGAGUUUUCGUUGGAGACACCCAGAGAGUGUGCUCAUCAUAGUGGACUGGGACGACACGCUUUUCCCAACGAGCUGGAUGUGGCAGAAGGACUUCUUCCGAAAGUGGGUGCAGGAAGGAAUGACCGGGAGGCAGACUGAGGUUGACCUCCCACCAGAAGAUGCGAAAUUCCUGGCUGAGAUUGACACCGUGGCGCAUGCCUUGCUCCUGGACGCCUUGGAAUUGGGACAAGUCAGCUGUGUGACGCUGGCGAGAAGACCAUGGCAGCAGCGCUCCAUGCAGGCGUUCUUGCCAAAGCUGUCAGAUCUUUGGGAGCGGCAUUCCAUUUCCGUGCGCUAUUCCAGAGAGGAAAGGCCGUACUAUUCCAACGAGUCCUACCGGCCCAAUGCCGCGGAGAACGAGCUCCUCCGCGAGAUGACUUUCGCCAGGCUGAAGCAGAAGUCCAUGAAGCGGAUCCUGAAGAAGUUCUACAAGAAAGGAAGUUGGAAGAACGUGAUCAGCCUUGGCGACGGGGCAGCUGAGCGCCGAGCCCUUCAAGAGAUCGGCUUCCAGCACCUGAAUCCGUCCAGCCCCCGCACUGGGCAGCCCAAGUCUUUCCGCACCAAGACCGUCAAAAUGCUGGAGGAACCUUCUUGUUCAGAGCUGAUCUCUGAGCUGAAGAUGAUCCAAGCUUGGUUGCCUGCACUUGCCAGCUUGGACGAAGACUUUGAUGUGGAUUUGACUGAAGGUGAGGAUGCCCUUCUCACCCUACAUCAGACAAUGAUGGAGGUGGAGGUGGAGUCUUCCCGAUCUAGCAGUCCUGAUUCCUCCAGGAGCGCGGCAAAGGUCGACAGACUUGCAUUGCCUGAGAGGAUGUGUGCAAGCGGCAAGUGCCUGCAUGAACCUGUGUAUUAGAAUUUGUUCGCCGUACCUCAGUUUGUCGGCUGUUCCUGGGUAGCCGACCAGGACCCUGCAUUGCAUUCGCCCAAUCGCAUACGGGUGUGUCUCAAAAAAGGGGAACCCCCAA